AAUGAAAGCAAUACUAGUAUUAUCUAUUACAUUAAUGACAUUGAACUCUUAAUUUAUUAAGACAUCCACUCUAAAUUUGGUAAGAGAGUUGAUUUAAUUUAUCAAAGUGUGAUGCUCAUAUCUACUUACGACCAGACAUCUAUUAUGUAUAAGGAAGUGCAACAACAAAUAUUGAGCCAACUUAAGCAGUAGUAACUUUGGAAGUAGAAGUAAAGGAAGAGAAGGCUUAGAAUGCUUUACAAUAAGCAGCCUCAAUAGCUGAUGAUGCUAUCAAGUAUAUAUGAUAGACUUAAUUGGAUAGAGCUAUUAAAGAGAACUGCAAAGGAGAAUUGAAGAUUCAAACAGCAGAUUUCACUAUUUCACCACAUAAAGAGUACAGUCAGAAUUAACCUUACUAUGUGACAUUUUCAGGAUUUAUUGUAAUCAAUAGGAUAACAGUGGAAACACUCAAUAUUAGUGAUGUAGGAAAGUAAGAUAUUGUAUUAAAUAUUAGAAUUAUUGAUAUAGCAGUGAAACAUAAAGUAAAUAAGGUUAAUGGAAUUCAAUUUGAUGUAAGUAAAGAAGAAAAGAAAAGAUUGAAAGAUGUUCUUGUUGAAUAAGCUAUUGAAGAUGCUAAACAUACAGUAGUAAAUUAAAAUUAUCUUAGGCUAAUGUUGUAUUAAAGGAAUUGAAUAUGAGAGUUGAAUCAGUCAAGUCUGUUCAAAUAUUAGAAAAUUAUGGAUAUGGAGUUAGCACUUAAAUGGAUUAAUAAGUUAGUGUAGGAUUUGUAAUAAACCAUAUAGAUUAAUGAG